UAUUAGUGCACAUCCUAGUAAUUCAACAUAGACAAACCUGCAAAUUGCAAAAGCUCAAAACUUUUAAAAGAUGGAGUGGGAAUGGAAGUACUUGGUUUGGUCUGCCAUCUUCCUGAUUCCGGGAUUGGUCUUUCUGUUCGCCCGAAAGAAGUCAUCAUGUUCCUACAGACUACCUCCAGGACCACCUGGGUUGCCUGUUAUUGGGAACAUUUUGGAUCUUGGAGCAUAUCCACAUCAAACAAUAGCGGAGAUGAAAAACAAGUAUGGUUCUGUGAUUUGGUUAAGGAUAGGCUCUGUCAGAACCAUGGCAAUUCUGUCUGCCAAGGCAGCUGCUGAGCUCUUCAAGAACCAUGAUGUCUCAUUUGCAGAUCGCAAAUUGAUAGACGCCAUGAAGGUGCAGGGCUACCACAAGGGAUCCUUGGUGCUUGCCCCAUAUGGAUCCUACUGGCGCGUGCUAAGGAGGAUAUGCACAGUGGAAUUGUUCGUGCAUAAAAGGAUUAAUGAAACAGUGCCUGUUAGGAGAAAAUGCAUUGAUGACAUGCUGUUAUGGAUAGAAAAAGAAGCAAGUUCUGUGCAGAGAGGGACUGGGGUUCAUGUAGCACACUUUGUUUUCCUCUCAACAUUCAACUUGUUGGGGAACCUAUUUCUCUCUCGCGAUUUGGUAGAUCCUAUGUCAGAUAAAGCUUCAAAGUUUUUCGAUGCCUUGAAAGGCAUCGCACAGUUAUUUGGCACUCCAAACAUUUCAGACAUAUUCCCAGGUCUUAGGUGGCUAGACUUGCAGGGUUUAAGGAGGAAGGCUGACAGAGAUGUGAGAACAACACUGGAAAUUAUUUCUACGCUUGUGAAGGAACGCAUGAACGAAGACAGACAGGAGAGUGGAAAGAGGAAAGAUUUCUUGGAUGUAUUGCUCGAGUUUGAAGGCAAUGGAAAGGAUGAACCAGCCAAGCUAUCAGAACAUGAAAUCAAUAUAUUUAUAAUGGAAAUGUUUUUCGCUGGUACAGAGACGACUAGCAGCAGUGUGGAAUGGGCACUAAGUGAGCUCUUGUGUAACCCAAAAGCGAUGGCAAAAUCCAAAGAAGAGAUUUAUGAAGUUGUAGGACCAAACCGGAGAUUUGAGGAAAGUGAUAUUGAUAAUCUGCACUACAUGCAGGCAGUGGUCAAGGAAACACUACGUUUGCAUCCCCCUGCUGCUUUCUUAAUUCCAAGAAGAGCAAUUCAAGAUACUAAAUUUAUGGAGUAUGACAUACCUAAAGACACUCAAGUCUUCGUAAAUGUUUGGGCAAUUGGACGAGACCCUGAAAGCUGGGAGGACCCUUUAUCUUUCAAGCCCGAGAGAUUUCUGGGCUCAAAUGUAGACUUCAAGGGGCAGGAUUUUGAAUUUCUACCAUUUGGUGCAGGCCGGAGGAUCUGUGUAGGCCUCCCGUUAGGUAACCGGAUGCUGCAUUUCAUUCUGGGAUCGCUGCUCCAUGCCUUCGACUGGGAGCUCGAAUGCAAUGUGACCUCACAAUCUCUGGACAUGAAAGAAAGGAUGGGAAUAGCAGUUAGCAAAUCUGAACCCCUGAAAGCAAUACCAAGGAGAAUUGUAGCUUGAAAGAAGUUACGAGUCUAAAUAGUGCAUUUGCAUUGAGACCUGUUAUGAGUUACCAUGUACUGUACUGUUUUACUUGCUGAAGAAUAAAUCUCAGUGCACAUGCAUGUAAUAUUCAUCUGCUUGCAACUAUAAGAUUUGCUUAUCAUUAUAAUAAUAGUUUUUCAGGCGAUUUCUUUA